CUCCUCCCGACACCGUCCUCAUUACUCAUAUUUCACCUAGACGACUUUCACAUUCUCGCACCCAGAGAACAGGUCUUUCUUUGCCGGUGACACUCUCCGCUCCUUGAAUAUCAAAGUCGCCUGCGCAUUCCCCUCGACUUCUCCUACAUUUUCACCUUAUCGAGCAAUCGCUCGGUCUGACUCAAUACCCGCAAAAAUGUCCGCCCGCUUUGGCCUGCGCUUCGCGCAGAAUUCUGCCCGACAGACCUCAUCCUCGUUCACUACAAGCACUCCUUUCCAGUUCAGAAACACCAUAUUCCGAAGAUGGCAAGGCACUGCAGCCAACCCAGCCGUUGAUGCGGCACCGCGACAGAGCUUGUUUCAAAGAUUAUGGACCAGCGAAGUUGGUAUCAAGACCGUUCAUUUCUGGGCUCCUGUCAUGAAAUGGGGUGUCGUUCUCGCGGGUGCGUCAGACUUCCUGCGACCGGCGGAGAAGUUGUCUCUUACUCAGAACCUUGCUCUCAUGGCCACUGGCUCUAUCUGGACGAGAUGGUGCUUCAUUAUCAAGCCACAGAACAUGCUUCUUGCCGCCGUCAACUUCUGCUUGUUCAUCGUUGGCACUAUCCAAUGUACUCGCAUUUUCAUGUACAACCAAUCUGUGAAGGGCACGAAAGGAGCCAUUGAGCAGAUGGAGAAGGACGUAGUUGCUCCUGCAAAGAAACUCGAAGCUGCGGUUGAGCAAAAGGUGUAGCCGAUCUGGACCAGAAAGUGGAUGAGUAUGAGAUGAGUAGCAAACGGCAUACAUGGUUUGGGCUUUUCUCUGUGCCAUUAUGGGUUCCCGUGCUGGAUUGUCUCCCUUUUCUUAGCUAUUUAUGUUUACAGGGUCAUAGAAUGAACCAGACAUGGCCUCGUUGUGUUGAAAACCAAUUUUUCUAAUAUUCAGAGUGUACUAUCACUGAUCUAACUUGGAUUCUGCCU